ACAAUCGUCGCUCUCCUUUCUCUCUCUCUCUCUCUCUCAAUCUCUCUCCGCCGCAUAUAACAAUGCCUAGUGAAGCCUUGCAGCCGACUGAGGGAGCUGAAAUCAUUAUCAAGGCGGAAGUCCAGGCGGAGAAGCAGCAAACUAAGCAAGUGCUUUUGUUUUAUUGCACGGAAUCUGAAGAUCUUGCUCGGAAAGUUGCCGCUCAAUCGGAGUUCAUUCAACUCCAAUCCAUCAACUGGAGGAGUUUUGAUGACGGAUUUCCAAACUUAUUCAUUAAUAAAGCGCAUAAUAUUCGAGGGCAGCAUGUGGCCUUUUUGGCAUCCUUUAGUUCUCCUGCAGUUAUCUUUGAGCAGCUAUCUGUCAUAUACUCACUUCCACGGCUGUUUGUUGCUUCUUUCACUUUGGUGUUACCUUUCUUUCCUACUGGCUCAUUUGAACGUAUGGAAGUGGAAGGAGAUGUCGCUACGGCUUUUACUAUGGCUAGAAUUCUAACGAAUGUUCCGAUAUCAAGAGGUGGUCCAACAAGCCUAGUCACUUUCGACAUUCAUGCUUUACAGGAACGAUUCUAUUUUGGAGAUCAGGUCCUUCCUUGUUUUGAAUCUGGUAUCCCUCUUUUGAAGCAACGCCUUCAUCAGCUUGCUGAAUCUGAGAAAAUUGUUGUAGCAUUUCCAGAUGAUGGAGCUUGGAAGAGAUUUCACAAGCUACUGGAUAAUUUCCCCAUGGUGGUUUGCAACAAGGUUCGAGAAGGCGAUAAACGGAUCGUACGACUGAAGGAGGGUGAACCUAAAGGUUGUCAUGUUGUCAUAGUUGAUGAUUUGGUGCAAUCAGGAGGUACACUGCUCGAGUGUCAGAAAGUUUUGGCAGAUAAAGGUGCUGCAAAAGUGAGUGCAUAUGUUACCCAUGCAGUAUUUCCCAAGCGCUCGUGGGACAAGUUCAUACACAAGAGUGAAGAUAACUCGGAUAAGGCAUUCACAUACUUCUGGAUCACAGAUUCAUGCCCUCUUACUGUCAAAGCUAUUGGUAAUAAGUCGCCUUUUGAAAUCCUUAGUCUAGCAGGAUCCAUAGCUGAUGCCCUACAGAUAUGAUUUGAUGCUUGUAAUUAAGCAUGUAUUCCUAUUCUAGAUUUGACCUCUUUUUGAAGGUUAGAAACUAUGAUACUCUCUUUCUACCAGCAUCUAAAAAACUUGGCUGAUGCAUAAAUAAAUGGAAAGAUAUGCAUAAUAUCACUUUAGAGUUCUAUUUUA